AUGUCGGUUGAAGGAGCAGCAGUCACAUACACAACCCCAGGUUCAGAUUUUGAAAAUAUCCUCAAAACGACAAAGUUCACUGUUGAAUUUGAUAAGAUCAAGCCGAAUCAAGUAGUCAUUAAAGCUAAAGCCACUCCAAUCAACCCAUCCGAUUUGGGUCAAAUUAUAGGGGGAUACAAUGAUCCUAAGAAGAUUAGUCAUCUAGGAACUGCCGAGAACCAACCAUUGAGUGUUGGUGGAAACGAAGGAGUGUACCAAGUCAUAUACGUUGGCUCAAAUGUCAAGGAAUUUUCAAAGGGAGAUCAAGUGAUUCCUUGGCUACCUGCAUUUGGAACGUGGAGAACUAUAGCAAUUGCAGAAGAGAGAGAUUUAAUCAAAGUCAAUGGUAUAUCCGUUAAUCAAGCAGCAACUAUUUCCAUCAACCCUUCAACGGCUUAUCAGAUAUUGAAUCAGUUCGUAACGGAUUGGAAAAAUGGCGAGGAUUGGAUUAUACAAAAUUCUGGUAACUCACAAGUGAGCAAGUAUGUUUCACAAUUGGCGACCAAGUUGUAUGGAAUCAGCGUCAUUUCUAUUGUUCGUGAUGGAAAAUCCCAGGAUGAAAUUGAUGGAUUGUUAAAGUUGGGUGCAAAACAUGUCAUAUCGGAGCUGGAGUUCAAAGAUGAGAAAUUCGAUAUCAAGAAAUAUACCGGUGAUAAAGCAAACGUUAGAUUAGCACUCAAUGGCUCGACCAACUCUACAGUUUCAAGCUUGGUUAAAAGCUUAUCACCAAAUGGUACCCUUGUAUCAUAUGGGGUUGUGGGUGGUACAAAAAUAGAAUACGAUGAGAGACUACAAUUAUUCAGAAACUUGGCAACAAAACCUUUUUGGUUAACUGCUAAUACUUAUCGUGACCCCCAAUUCAAGAAGCAAACAGUAGAGAAAUUGGUACAUUUGUAUAAAGAGGGGAAGAUUACUGAUGUUCCAUAUAACAAGGUUCUUUACAAAGCCACUGAUGGUGAUAAGGAAGACCUCACACAAGUAUAUCUCAAACUGAUUGCCGCCUCUAGAAAAUCGGGUAAACAAGUUAUAUUUUAUGAGUAA